CAGGCCCCUGGAGAGGGGGUGCAUGGUAUGAAAUGGGGCUGAGACCCCUGGCUGGGGGCAGAGAAACCAGUCAGAGGGAAGGAGCGAGAAGAAAGCUGGACUCCUGAGUCUGCGGGAAACCAGACUCCUUCCUAAACGUCCACCAGCUCAUCCAUUGCCGUUUGGACUUCUUUCCGUACUCAGAACAUUCAGGAGCAUCCAUGGACCUGUGGAACUGGGACGAAGCAUCACCUCAGGAAGUGCCUCCCGGCGACCAGCUGGCCGAGCUUGAAGGAACCGAAUUUGGCUUUUAUUUCCCUGAACUGGCACUUCAAGGAAACUCGCCACCCGUGGAGACAAGCUGGAAAGGGUUCCCGGAGCUGGACUGGAGCCCCGCGUUACCGCACCCAGAAGUCCCUUGGGGGACAGAGCCCGCAGCUCACACCCUCCCGUGGUCCGGACACUGGACAGACCUGGCUUGCACCGGCACCGACUCACCCGGCUGCACCUCGCAGACUCUGGGCCCCGCUCCUCUCGCUGGUUUUGAUGGGGCGACAAGUCCGAACUGUGCCACCCCGUGGUCGCACUCUCAAACCUGGAGCACUGUCAACUGGGACUGUGCGGUGGGCUCCACCGGUGCCACCUACUGGGACAGUGGCCUUGGCGGGGAACCGCGUGCGGACUGGACCCCGUCGUGGGGAGCAGGGUCUGCGGGUUCGGACUGGACCCAGUCGUGGGGAACAGAGUCUGCGGGCUCGGACUUCACCUCGUGGCCUACUGGGCCACAGAAGGGACGCAGCAUCUCUUUGAAGGAGGACAAGAGUUCAGCUCUCCCCACUCCCUCCGAGCCCAGCCUGCAGUCGGAUCGCGCCUCUUUGACUCGAAACCACAAAACUAACCACCAAGGUCCCAUUCAGCUGUGGCAGUUUCUCCUGGAGCUGCUUCACGACCGGGCCCGUAACGGCUGCAUCCGCUGGACCGGCCAGAGCCGCGAGUUCCAGCUGUGCGACCCCAAGGAGGUGGCCCGGCUGUGGGGCGAGCGCAAGAGGAAGCCAGGCAUGAACUACGAGAAGUUGAGCCGGGGUCUGCGCUACUACUACCGCCGGGACAUCGUGCUCAAGAGCGGGGGCCGCAAGUACACGUACCGCUUCGGGAGCCGCGUGCCCGGCCUCGCCUGUCGGGAUGGCUCGGGCGACACCCAAUAAAAGUCAAAUCUCUCCA